ACAUACAUUGUUUGUUUGUUGUCAAGUGAGCAUGAAGUGGAAAAUUUAGACCAAAAUAAACACAAGUUACACACUCAAAAUCACCGGUAAAUACAAUUAAAUCAAUGUACCUUAACCCGCAUCUCACCACCGCACACUUCUAGCACCUUAUCAGUUAUGUUAUCUCAAAGGUAUAUUUCAGGCUUUAAAUCGCUGCGCAUCAAGCUGCUCCGCACAUUCAGCAGCAAAAUGCCGAAAGUAGCGACCGCCACGGGCAAUCAGCUCAAACGUCUGCGCGACUGCAUGCUGGACACUAAGCUGGUGCCCCAACCCUUGCAUGCAUACAUAGUGCCAUCAGCAGAUUCCCAUGGCAGUGAAUAUUUGGCCGAGUGUGAUAAACGACGGGCAUUUAUCUCCGGUUUUACUGGAUCAGCAGGUACAGCCAUCAUCACACAGGAUCAUGCUUGUCUGUGGACUGAUGGUAGGUAUUUCCUGCAAGCCACUGAAGAGAUGGAUACCCACUGGACAUUGAUGCGUGAAGGGUUGCCUACCACGCCAAAACAAGCCACAUGGUUAUGCCAGACAUUAUCCACUGGUUCAGUUGUAGGUGUGGACCCAAAUCUACUCUCCUACAACACCUGGAUGCCAUUCAAAGAUCAACUUGAAUCAGCCGGACACAAAUUAAUUCCAGUUGAAAAAAAUUUGGUUGAUUUAGUCUGGGAUGACAAACCCUCCGUAGCUUGCAAUCCAGUCGUGCCAUUGCCUUUAAAAUUCUCAGGAAAAUCCAUCAAAGAUAAACUCACAGACAUUCGUUCACAAAUGCAUGAGAAAAACGCUUCUUUAUUAGUUUUAACAUUCUUGGAUGAAAUUGCCUGGUUUCUAAACAUGCGCGGUUCUGACAUAGAGUACAAUCCAGUCUUCUUCUCAUUUGUCAUCAUCGGAGAGAAAGAAUUCACUAUUUUCAUAGACGCGAAAAAAUUCACGCCUGAAGUCGAAGCGCAUUUGAAAACCGAAGCAGACGGCGAAAAAUUCCACAUUAAAGAUUACAAUCAAAUCAAAACGACUCUCAAGGACCAACUUGCGGAUUUACAAGGACGUGUCUGGAUUUGUCAGGAUGCGAAUUACUCGCUGAGUAGUCUAGUGUCUUCCAAAAUCGCAGUGCGAGAAAACACUCCGAUUCAAUUGAUGAAAGCGAUCAAAAACCCGGUUGAGAUUCAGGGCAUGCGCAAUGCACAUAUCAAAGACGCAGCGGCGUUAUGUUGUUACUUUGCAUGGUUGGAGAAAAACGUCUCAAGCGGACAAAUCACCGAAAUCUCCGGUGCGGAUAAACUUGAACAAUUUCGUGGUAUGCAGGAGGAUUUCAGAGGUCCUAGCUUUGAUACAAUAAGUUCAGUUGGUCCUCAUGGGGCGAUAAUUCAUUACAAACCAACGAAAGAUUCAGAUGUCCCGAUUCGUUCCGAUUGCAUUUAUUUAUGUGAUUCUGGUGGUCAGUAUCGUGAUGGUACUACUGAUGUAACAAGAACUUUGCAUUUCGGCACUCCUACUGAUUAUGAAAAGGAGUGUUUUACACGAGUCUUGAAAGGGCAGAUUAAACUUGGAACUUCCAUCUUUCCGAGUAAAAUCCGCGGUAAUUAUUUGGAUUCUUUUGCUAGGCAAUACCUUUGGGAAGUUGGUUUGGACUACAGUCAUGGAACAGGUCACGGAAUUGGUGCGUAUUUAAACGUGCAUGAAGGUCCCAUUGAAGUGUCUUGGAGGACAACUAAAGAGGAUCCAGGUCUUGAUGUGGGAAUGUUUAUUUCUAACGAGCCUGGGUUUUAUGAGAAUGGAAGUUUUGGUAUAAGGAUUGAGGAUAUUGUGCAGAUUGUCCCUGCGCAGACGAAGCACAAUUUUAACAAUCGCGGGUUUUUGACGUUUGAAACUGUUACAUUGGUGCCUAUCCAGACGAAAAUGAUGAUGGUGGAUAUGCUUACAACUGCUGAGGUGGAGCAUAUUAAUGGAUAUCAUCAGAAGUGUCGGGAUGUUGUUGGGCCGUUGUUGGAGAAACAAGGGCAUAAAGAGGCGAAGGAGUGGUUGUGGCGUGAAACAGAGCCGAUUUGCAAGUGAUGAGAUUUGUAUCAGGAAUUUUUCUAUUUUUAGGGUUGUGGUACGUUUUAUUGAGUAAAGAAAGAGAUUUCUAUGUGUAAUUAAUAAAGUAUUAUGAAAUAUAA